AUCCUCUCUCGCCCUCUGGUGCUCUCGCAGCCCCUGGAGCAGCCAAACUCUCACUCACUGGUACGCACACACUCCAUCUUGACUCGCCUUUUUUUUCAGCUGCUGCCAGAAAAGGAGGAAGAGGAAGAAGAGGAGGAGGAAGAGAAAGAGGAGGAGGUGCAGAAGUGAGUGUGACAUGAGCAGUCGUGAAACACUCAGAGAGAGUGGAGCAGGACUUGGAAGAACAUCUGGCUGCUGCUUUCCUCUCUCUCUCUCUCUGCUCUGCAUUGCUCUGUGUGUGUGCGUGUGUGUGCGUGGAGGCAGUGAUGUCUCACACACAGUGUCAGGACCUUCUGUAGAUCUCUCUCCAGCUUCUGUUACUCCACUGUGUCUGUUGUAAAGAUGAGGAGAGAUCGUCUCCUCUUGGCCACGACCCUCACUGCCAUCCUCUCCGCCGACCUCUACUUCAUCCUUCUGCCGAAGCUGAGGAACAUCAGACGAAGGUCGGAGCCCCUCUGCUCUUGUGGUUCCAACAAUCUGAGCAGAGACGCUACUCCUCCAGGGUUGAACUGGACCUCAGUGUCACCUCAGCUGGUUGGGCUGACCCGCAGAGAGACCAAAGAUGGAGGAUCGAAGCUGGAGAAGCUUUUCUCUCACCCGCUCUACAACAUCCAGACUCCUGCUGUGGGUCCAGAGGAGAAGCUGCUGCAGGAGGAGCAGCUGUCAGAGUAUGUUAAGAAGAAGGUGACCCGGUGGGAAAGGCACAUGAAACUGUACAGCGAGGCAGCAGUCGCUCUCUCCAACAUCACUCUCAUCCAACACAAGAUGACGCUUGACCCCAAAGCCAGCUGGCUGAGGUUCCACCUGGGUAUAAACCGAUACGCCCUGUACUCCAGGGAUGACCCGGCCGUCCCACAGCUGCUCAGGGACAUGCAGAGGAUGACUAUAGCCAACGCAGAUUACACUCAGGAUGAAAAAGCCCUUAAAGGAGCGUGUGACUGCAGCCAAGUGGUGAAACCUAGUGGUCAUCACCUGAAACUGGCUCUGAAGAUGACCAACUAUGCUAAGGCCAUGUUUAAGCCAAUGAGGCAACAGAGACACGAGGAGACUCCAGAGGACUUCUUCUACUUUGUGGACUUUCAGAGGCACAACGCAGAGAUUGCAGCCUUUCACCUGGACAGGAUCCUGGACUUCCGCAGAGUUCCACCUGUAGCUGGGAGAUUGGUGAACAUCACAGGUGAAGUGCUGGAGGUCACACACACCGAAGAUCUACGAGCUGUUUUCUUCACCUCACCAGCCAACAACACAUGUUUCUUUGCCAAGUGCCUGUAUGUGUGUAAGACUGAAUACGCGGUGUGUGGUACUCCUGAUCUUCUGGAAGGUUCUCUGUCUGCAUACCUGCCCGGACUCACCAUAGCGCCCCGUAUCUCCAUCCCAAACCCCUGGAUACGCUCCUACAGCUUCACCGGACGAGAAGAGUGGGAAGUGAAUCCUUUCUACUGUGACAGUGUGAAACAGAUGUAUCCAUACAACUCCGGCAACAGGCUGCUCAACAUCAUCGACAUGUCCAUCUUUGACUUCCUGACAGGAAACAUGGACAGACACCACUAUGAGAUAUUCACCAAGUUUGGAGACGAAGGAUUCCUUUUGCACUUGGACAAUGCCAGAGGGUUUGGGAGACACGCCCAAGAUGUGAUGUCUAUCCUGGCUCCUCUAACUCAGUGCUGCAUGAUCAAGCGCUCCACCCUGCUGCGACUCCAGCUCCUGGCACAACCAGCGUUCAGACUCAGCGACAUGAUGAGAGAGUCUCUUCAGGGGGAUCCAUUGUGGCCGAUUCUGACCGAACCCCAUCUCCAAGCCAUGGACCGCCGGUUACACAAAGUGCUCAAAGCUGUGCGGCAGUGUGUCAGGAGGCUGGGGGAGGACGAGGUGAUCAUUAAGGACUUUGUCAAAUCCACAGCAGAAUCUGGGACCAGCACAGAGAGGAAAAAGAGCAGGUAACACUGGAUGACCCUGACACAGGACUUCACCUCGUCAACAAACCGGGUUCAGCUGGUUUUUGUUUAAGGAAGACGGCGUGGAGCGAAGGUUCAGAACAUAAAGCACUGCCGGCUUCAGAUUCCUGCCAGCGACAGAGAGCUACAAUUUUAUUUUCCUUUUCUUUCUGUUCAAUCGUGGUCAUAAAACUCCCCUAAGGGGCACUUUAUGACUGUUGGUGAACACCAUGUGCACUAAAGUUGUUAUAAAAGGGUUUUUAAGUAUAAAUUAAGACCUUCAAAAGAAGGAACAUUAGCUGAAGGGGGCAAAGGGGGGUAAAAAUAAAGCUGGAAAAAAAAGAACAGGAAAAUUCAUUCAUACAUGGAGUUGAUGUGACUGUCACAGACAUUCAGUGCUGCAGAGGACUUUAUGUAAGAAUUGUGAUUCACUGGAUCAGAGUUUUUAUUCAAUGACUGAUGAAAAUCCUGACUGUGGGAGAGAGAUCGGUGCCACGUCUGUGUAGUGGGCUUCAGGGGAAUAAAGACAUUUUAAGUUAUGAAA